CCCGCCCGUGAACGCCCAUGAUCGGGAAGAACCUGACCAGCCCUGAGGGUUACCUGAGUGUGGUCAGCGAGGAACCCCCGACCGAGGAAUCGUCCCCGACGCCUUCUGACUCCUCCCCUCCCGAUCCCCCGCCGAGGCCGACCCUCCUGGCCGUCCCCUCGAAGGUGGAGGUUGAGGUCGGGCACAGGGCAGUCCUCGAGUGCAUCACAGACGAUGUUAUCUCGAACCUCGUCUCGACUGGUCGCGAAUUGACGGGCGGCCCAUCCGCAAGAAGGGCGUGGCGAGGAGGGUCAGGGAUCGCUCGUCUUCCAGCAGGCGCGCGAGCAGGACGCCGGCGUCUACAACUGCUUCCGUCAUCAGCCCGCUGCUGCACGACCCCCGGUGACGCAGAGGACGAGAAUUCCCUAAAUAUGGUUCUGGAUGUCAAUUUCAGAGGAUCAGAUGCUGCUCUUCCCGCUUUCCCCUAUUGGCCAAUCCGUGGUUCCUGGCGUGCGGAGACAGCCCUCCAAUCUCCCCAUUCGCCUACAUAA